AUGAACCAGCAUGCCGCGUCAUCAUCAUCCUCACCGUCCAUGCACUUGACAUCGCACCCUCUGCUCGACGAUGAGCCAUCUCCACGUGCCGGUCGCCGUACACCCCGGCGUGAACGGAUCAGUGCGACCGAAGCGCCCGCCAGCUCCAGUUCUGGAUACUUUAGUCUGAAAGCGCGUCUUGAGAAUGAUGCUCGUACUGGUUCUGGCAACUGGGAUGGAUCUGUGCGCGGACGCGGGAUUAAAGUCCCAACGCGUGCGUCGUCGACGAGCUUGCCGGGGAUGUGGGACGCUCCGGCGUCUACGCCCGUCGUCAUGAUUGACUCGGCGGCUUCUCAAUCGGCUACGAAUGACGACGAGUUAUAUAAUGACAUAGCAACCGCAGUAUCCGGUGGCUCUGACCGCGACGCUGUUGCGCGUGUGAUGGCGACACCAUGGCAUACACUGUCCGAUUCUUCGCUGUAUUCGGCAUUGGACGAACAGGGCCAGCCUCAGUUUGCGGUGUUGCGAACGCUGUCUGCGGCUACGGAACGACUGUUGAAAGUACGAAAAGAGCUGGAGGAAGGUCGACGAAUACUACAGGAGAAGGAGGAUGCCCGACGGACGCGAGGAACCGCGUUACUGGAAGAGCUACCGCAGAAUGAGCGGGAUAUAGCACGUCGCGUGCUCGCGAGCCUUUUCACCAGCGACGACGAGGAGGGGCACCGCGUCGUGCGGCGGCAGAGCCGGGUUUCGAUCGCUGAAACGCUAUCCGAGGCGAUGGGCGAGGAGGUGCUCUCGACCUCUGUGAAGGACGACCCGACCGAAACUCUGACAACCACCGCUUCGCGAGUAAAGUCUGCGCCAACCGUGCUCGAGACUAUCGAGAGCGUUCCUUCGACGCCUAUGCCCGACGACGGCGCUCCGGAUACAGCCAGACCCGUCGUGGUCCACGAAUCCUCAGUGGAAGGGACCGAAAUCGGGAUACCUGACACCGACGCCUCCACGUUCCCAGAGACGGAAGUCAGCCUGGAACCCGCAAGUGACGCCGGCAGCUUGCCGUCCUCUCGCUCUCGUUCACAGGAUACCCGCAGUGUGGUGUCCGCCCGCUCGGAACGAUCUACGUCCGGAGUUGGAGAAUGGAUGGGUACGCUUUGGGGUCGACGAAAGCCGAAGGAGGUGGACACGGAGAGCGAAAGUGUGGCGAGCAAGGACGAGUCGCAGAGCGUCGAGCCGGAACGGACACGCUCCGCUCCAAACAUUGGGACGACGACGACUAGCGAGGCAUCUUCGACAGAUGGCCCAGAGAAGACGGUGAAGGACCGCAAGGACAAAGAACGCAGGAGCGUAUUCGGUUCCCUUGGGCUAUCUCUCCUUGCCGGCUCUGGUGCCCGCAAGAAGCGCCCAGCUCUUAGCACGGACUUCACGCCACCAGCGUCUGUCCCUCCAAGCGCCGUGGAGUCCACGUUUCCUCAGGAGAUCACGUCUCCCGAGGAACCUGUCCCUCCCUCUCUUACUACUGCAACCGCAUCGGCGCUUCCUACCGCAACGUCGUCACCUGCAGAGUCGAUAGCCGCAACGUCGGCAGACCGCCCGCCACAAGGCGCGACGAUCCCGGCGCUUGUCGCCGCUACGCGCGUCAUGACCGCCGACGCAUCAAGCAUCCUGAUCGACAUUGACGUCGCCCCGUCAAUUGCCGAAGGCGCCCUACAUCUCAUUCAACACGUGCGCGAUACUGGGCUCGAUGUGCGGAAGGCGGUACGGCCACGACAGCAUAAGAGGAAGUCGAGUCUGGCUGCGAAGUUGCAGCAGCUGCAGGUGCCUGGGAAGGAGGAGGCCGGACUCGAGAAGGAGGUCCCGAACAAGAGGUUGGGUGUUGCGGCUACUAUGGCGAGCGUGCUCCCUGCAUCUGGGUUCGCGAGUCCGCUCCUCGGUUCGUUCUUGCCCCAGCAGAGGCGAGCAGUAGGAAAUCCCCCUGCUGCUUCAUCUUCCGGCCAAACGCAAGCAACGGAUCAACCAGCACCUCCACCCCUCCGCAGCGUAGCCCUAGACGCUAUAAUCCCAGCCACAUCCCGCCCGCCCACUGCAUACCUCUCCCGCGAAUACAGCGCGGUAACCCUCCCCUCCGCCGCCGCGGCGCACGGCGACCUCCGCCCCACACUCGCCCAACACAUCUCGAGCUUCCGCCCCGCGUAUGUGCAGCAUAUGAGCAGCAGCCGCGUGGCGCGGAGCGGCGAGGGCGGCGUGUUGGCUGACCGGUUUGGGUUCACGUAUGAUGCGGGGGUGUAUGAUUUGAUGUUGUUGAUGAGGGCGAGGAAGGCGGGGUGUGCGGCGCCGGCGUGUCUUACCGGGGUUAGGAUCGCGGAUCGGGAGGAGAAUCCUGAGGCGUCUGACGAUGAAGACGCCGCAGUCGAGGCGGGCGUUGAUGUGGUGCAGGGCCCGUGUGCGUGUAAUGGCUCGUUUGAGCGUGAUGUUGAUGAGGUCAGCGUGGCGAGCGGUGUCAGCGGCAGGUCGAAGAAGGACGGCAGGGAGAAGGAGAAAGACGGGAAUGAAGGCAAGAAGGAUCUGCACGCCGUGCUCGCGCUCUCAUCCGAUACACCGCGCCACGUCUGCGACAACGUCAUGCACUCCCUUCUCAACGAGCUCAGUGUGCUCCACGACGCGCACCAGGCCUCCCGCCGCAAAGAGUGGGACGCGUUCCUCGCGCAACGUGCACGUGCCACGCAGGCGUCUAACGCCUCGGGCCCGCGACAGGCCGCGAAUAACGGUGGAUUCCCACGCGGGCUGGACACGUCCGAUGCGCCGGCCGACGAGCUGUCGCACAGCGAGGGCCUGAUAAACGUCAACGCGCUCUCAACUGCAUCGCGGAAAGACCUGACGCGCCUAGCGCGCGCGGGCGUCCCGCUCGCGCUAAGGACAAAGGUGUGGCUCGAGUGCACGGGCGCGCUCGAGAUGCGCGAGCCGGGCGCGUUCGAGGAGCUGCUGGGCGCGCCGGGUGAUCUGGGGGUUGAAGGCGAGAUCGAGAAGGACGUGGGGCGGACGAUGCCGCUGAAUUUGUUCUUUGGGGGCGACGGGGCGGGCGUGGGCAAGUUGCGGAGGGUGUUGGUUGCGUAUUCGCGGCGCAAUCCGGGUGUUGGUUACUGUCAAGGCAUGAAUCUGCUCGCGGCGACGCUUCUCCUGGUUCACGCAGCCGAGGAAGACGCGUUCUGGGCGUUCACGGCGCUCCUCGAGCGCGUGCUGCCCACCGGAUUCUUCAGCCCGACGCUCCUCCCCAGCCGUGCUUGUCCACUUGUUCUGCUCGAGCUCGUACGGGAGCAUCUUCCCAAGCUCUUCGUGCAUCUCCAAGAACUGGGCAUCGAUCUGCCCGCAAUAUGCUUCAGCUGGUUCUUGAGCCUGUUUACGGAUUGUCUGCCCAUCGAGACGCUCUUCCGCGCUUGGGACGUGCUCAUCGUCGACGGCUUCGACGUCCUCUUCCGCCUCGCGCUCUCAAUCUUACGCAUAGGCGAGCCCGAGCUGCUCGCGUGCGCCUCGGUGCCCGCCGCAUAUGUCGCGCUCGAGAGCUUGCCAACGCGCAUGUGGGAGGCGGAUCGGCUGCUGCAGAUGGAGGCGGAGUUGAGGAAUAGUGUGGGGCAUGCUGAGCUGGUGAAGCGGAGGGGUGCUCAUGUGCAGGUUCUUGAGGCCGCGCUGGGCGGGGGGUGA